GUGCGGUGAGGCGUCUGAGGGCUCUUGGUGUGAGAAGAGAAGAGUCUUCCACUGAGUAUGGCCUCCGCCACAGAUGAUGGGGUGAUGGAGAGACUGGCGCACAUGAAACAGGAAGACUGUGAGUGGGAGGCCCCCGAGAAUUUGUGUGUGAAGGUGGAGGAUUGUGAAGAAAGAAUUUCAGUUUUUAAAGAGGAGGAGAUUACUGACAUUAAAGGUGAAGACUGGAGUGACUUCUCAGUUAGUCUCGAACUGAAAAAACACGAAGAUGAGAAUAAUGUCAAGGCAGAGAUUUCUGAAAAAUCUGAUUGCAGUUUACUGCCGUGGCUCACUAAUACUGGACAGCUGGCUACUCGGCAGAAUUCAAUGGAGCUGAAAUCUGAGUGUGAAGAAGAUGAGAGAGAAGGAGAAGAACAGCAGUCGUCUGGGAGUGUUGGGACGCGUUUCCAGGAGACUGUCGGCCUCUCCACAUUUUCAUUUGCUCAGCCUUCUCCUCAGUACAGACUGCAACACAAAGAGGACGAUGAGAAGAUAAAGAAACCAACAAGAGAGUCUGAGAGUUGGACCCUGACUACUUCACGGUGGAGUUCUGUUCCUGCUGCCAAAGUAACAAAGAUAGAAGCCAUCAAUACUGAUCAACAACAUGACCCUGAGGAUUUGUAUGCGAGCCAAGAACACAGAAAAAUAAGAAAAAAUAAAUCUGACGGUGAAGAUUACAAGUCGAUUCAUACAAGUGCAAACCAAUAUUGCUGUCCUGAAUGUGGCAAAAAAUUCCGUCGUAAGGGCUUUCUUCAUAAACACCUGAAAAUUCACACUGGAGAAAAACCUUAUUGCUGCUCUGAAUGUGGCAAACAGCUUUCUGACAGUAACAGUCUUCAACGGCACAGAAGUAUCCACACUGGAGAGAAGCCAUAUUGCUGUUCUGAUUGUGACAAAAGGUUUAGUUACCGUAGUACUCUUCGCAGCCACAUGAGAAUACACUCUGGAGAAAAGCCAUAUUGUUGUUCUGAGUGUGGCAAAAGAUUCCUCCGUAACAGCAGUCUUCAGACACACAUAAGAAUUCAUACGGGAGAGACUUAUCGCUGCUCUGAAUGUGGCAAACAACUUUCUGACAGGAACAGUCUUCAAAGACAUAAGAAAAUCCACACAGGAGAGAAGCCAUAUUGCUGCUCUGAAUGUGGCAAACGAUUCACUUUCAGUAGCGCACUUCAGAGCCACAAAAGAAUCCACACGGGAGAGAAGCCAUAUUGCUGUUCUGAAUGUGGCAAACGAUUCUCCAGCUUCAGCUGCCUGCAGCAGCACAUGCAGUUUCAUACUGGGGAGAAACCAUAUCCCUGCCCUGAAUGUGGAAAAAGAUACACCCUUAACACCAGUCUUCAGAAGCACAUACUUAUUCACACACAAGAGAAGCCAUAUUGCUGUUCCGAAUGUGGCAAAAGAUUCCACCUCAACAAAAGUUUUCAGAACCACAAACGAAUUCACACAGGAGAGAAACCAUAUUCCUGUUCUGAAUGUGGCAAACAAUUCUUUAACCACAGUAGUCUUCGGCUGCAUACUCGAAUUCAUACUGGAGAGAAGCCGUAUUGCUGUUCUGAAUGUGGCAAAAGAUUUAGUUACAGUAGCACUUUUCACAGCCACACAAGAAUCCACACAGGAGAAAAGCCAUAUAGCUGUUCUGAAUGUGGCAAAAGAUUUACCCUUAACAAAAGUCUUCAGAACCACAGAAGAAUUCACACAGGAGAGAAGCCUUAUUCCUGUUCUGAAUGUGGCAAACAGUUCAUCAACCACAGCAGUCUUCGGCUACAUAUGCGAAUUCAUACUGGAGAAAAGCCAUAUUGCUGUUCUGAAUGUGGCAAAAGAUUUAGUUACAGUAGCAAUCUCAACAGCCACACAAGAAUACACGCUGGAGAAAAGGCUGCGAGGUGCUGACGGCAGAAGGGUUACGUAUGCAGAGACACAGCAGUGGCGCCAGAUUACUUCACUGGAAAAUAUGCAAAUAAAUGCACCUUACCAGGACCACAAAUGCAUUCGGACCUCACGCCAGAAGGAUUAGCUACUUGAGACACACCAAAAAAAUAAAUAAAAACCAGACAUAGCCUUCAGUGAAAACCAAUCUGAUAGAACAGAACCCAUUAACGUUUCAGUCUCAAGUGACUCCUGUGCCCUCUGAAUGGGAAGACAAACCCAGAUGUGGAUUAUAAAAACAAAGAUUGUGCCAAUGGUGCUAGGAUCAACGGGCCUUAUCAGAAAAAACUCCAAAACUGAAUAGAAAAGGAAGCGCAAUGCAAGAACUACGCCAAUCCCUGGCAGCAAAUCCAAGAGAAUAACAGACGCAGUGCAAAAAUCACCUAAAAAAAUAUCACGUCAUGACGACACGGAGAGAUUCAUUCUUGGCCUGAAGGCUUGCAAACUAUAAAAAGUAUUGUGGAGAAAUGAACCCUGAGGAAAGGCACAUUGCUCUUCUGAAUGUGGCAAAAGAUUCUUCACUGUGAAUUUUUGAAUGAUUGUAAAGGCUGCUGUUACUGGAGACGUAACAUAUUACUGGUGUUGAUGUGGUAAAGGAUUCUCACCUUUAAAGAAUUUCCACAGACAACUGGGAAUCCAUUGUGGGGGGACGACUUGUUGUUGUAGCGAAUGUGAUAAGCGAUUCUCAAGGAGCCGUGGACUUCAUACUGGAAGGAGUCAGCUGGAGGGCAUAAGAGCCAAGCCGGAGUGUGAUGUAGUGGUGAAGGUUUUGGACUUCAAACCCUGAGAGUGUGGGUUCACAUCCCGCUACUGACAUUGUGUGACCUGCCUGGUGA